CAACUGAUUUCUAUUUGUUUCAAAUAACAAAAUGUAGUUUGCUUACCUUUUCUAAAGAAAUAUUGCUGCGUAUGGAUGCGGUUGCUUUGCGAUAUACGUAUAAAUGUUUUCGAGUGUCCUGACUAUAAAAAGAUUAUGCUUGGGUAACGUUGACUACAAAUGAUACCUAUUCGUUAGGUGCUUUGGUUUUGGCUCAUUCUCUGAAACGAGCCGGUACUGCUUAUCAGUUAGUUGUACUUGUAACACCCGGAAUCUCAGAAUCUAUGCGCCAGAGAUUGAAGGAAGUGUACAACAUUGUACAGGAGGUUAAUGUCAUGAAUUCGCAAGACGCCGCCAAUCUAGCUUUGCUGGCGAGACCAGAAUUGGGCGUAACUUUUACCAAACUUCAUUGCUGGCGUUUAGUGCAAUUUGAGAAAUGUGUAUUUUUGGAUUCUGAUGCAUUGGUUUUGAAAAAUUGUGAUGAAUUAUUUGAACGUGAAGAAUUGUCUGCUGCACCCGAUGUCAGCUGGCCUGAUUGCUUCAAUUCGGGUGUAUUCGUUUACCGACCCAGCUUAGAGACUUUUGACAAGCUUACUAAGUUCGCCGUCGAACACGGAAGUUUUGAUGGUGGCGAUCAAGGUCUUCUCAAUCAAUAUUUCGCUGAUUGGGCUUACGUCGAUAUUCAUAAGCAUUUGCCAUUCGUUUACAAUGUAACCGCUUAUGCAUCGUAUUGUUAUUUGCCCGCCUUUAAACAUUUCAAAGACAAAAUAAAAAUUUUACACUUUGCUGGCAAAAUGAAACCAUGGUUAAUGCAUUAUAAUGCUCAAAACAAGACGCCGAGUGUACCCAGUCAAUAUACGCAUGCAGCCGAUUUAAUACAACUUUGGUGGAAUAUAUUCUUUGACAACGUACAUCAACGUUUAAAUAGAUCAAUGAGGUAUUAUUCUGCCCCGUUGAAGCAAUGGAAAAAUAAUUAUGAUCCAGCGAAUCAAACACAACAGCAUCAGCGUCAGCAUCACCAUCAGCAGCAACGGCAACAAUUAGGAUUUUGUACUAAUCUCAAUGCAAAAAAUUUUAAUCUAAAAUAUAAUCAAAAUUGUAGUUUAAUUAAUGGUUAUAAUGAAAAGCUUAAUGAUGAUACUCAGGCGAACCAAACAUCAAGCAAGCAAGUUAAUAAUGAAGAAAGGAAAACCAAUGAAUCUGUUAAUCGUAAUCCUUGCUUGGUAGAUUGCUUUAAAGUGUGGCAAAGAGGAGAAGAAAGAAAAGAAAGUCAACAACAAAUACCUGAACCAGAGGGAACUAAUGUACAAAUUCAAAAUCUUAAAUGCAAACAUAAUCAACAACAACAAUGCGACAAUUGCGUUCAUCAACAGAAGAAGGCACAAAUAUGGUUAAAAGAUGCAAUAGAAUUAGAUGCCGAAGGAAAAUCAAUAGCAGCAACAGCAAAGGCUAACGAUUUCAACUCAAAUCUUAUAGAAAUAAUAAAAAACAUAAAUGAAUUUUAUUUGAAAGAGGACACAAAUAAUUAUGAGACUGAUAAUGUAUUAAACUCAGAUGAAGAACAAAUUUCUCAUUCCUUUAACGAGAAUUUAGAAAAUUGCGAAACUAAUUCGAAUGAUGCAAAGAUACGAAGUCGUAAUUGUGACAGAGACAAGAAUGAAUCUACAGAGGCCGGCUUGGCUGGUGCUUUAUCUCAAUUGCGUUUAGGUGAGCAACGUACUGACGAACAAGAAGCCUACGAUUUGUUAAUGAGACGCCAGGCUUGGGAAGCCGGCCAAAUGGACUAUACGGGCUUGGAUUCAUUCGAUAAUAUUUGGAAAAAGAUUCAAGAGACUUUACAAUCUAAACCAGAAGAUGCUAUGUUGACUUCAGCCGAUAUUCAGGAUGGUAAAAUUGAGUAUGAUGCGAAAACUGGUGCUACUACUAAAUACAAAAAAAUCGACGGUGGCUAUGAAAUGAUUACUACUAUGCCUCAACCUAACGGAACUAUAAAGACUCAGGUUAGAACGUUCUGGGAUCCAAAGCCUGUAAGUGAAGAGGAUAUGAAACGAGAGCAGGCCAAUAGAAAAGUAGUUCAACAGCGUAUGAACAAGGAGAUACGUAUCGAUGAGAGAACUACUAUGCUGACUCGUGCAAUUGAAGGUGGCUAUGAAGAAGUCUAUACCAUUGUCAACGAGGAUGGCACUGUCAGCACUAAAACUAAGACUUUCUUUGAUUCGGUCCCUGCUGGUACUCCUUUUCCGGGUCAAGGUCAACAUCAGCCCCAAUCGCAACAACCUCAACAAGUGGGUAAAAAGACGAUAGUCAAGCGCAACACUUCGGUUGAUUCUACCGAUUCUACAGAAACUUGCAAAUUGGUUCAAAAUGUCAAUAAGAAUCAACAAAUUCAACAUAAUAUUCAACAAGAAAAUGUUCAUCAUAAUGUUCAACAAAAGGUUCAGCAAAACGUUAAACAAAAUGUUCAACAAACUAAAAUACAACAUCAAUCCACUAUCGAGGAGAGUCAUCGUUUUACUGAAAAUAUCGAAAUUACCGAGAAUAGCCGUACCGUGCGUAAGAAUUCUUUGCAAGAGCAAAGCACGAAAUCGAUCACCACUUCUAAUAUGAGCGAUGGUAACAAGGAUACCAAGAAGAAGGUUAAGAAGCAAAAAUCGUCUGCUCCACCACCACCACCUGAUUUCUUGCAAAACGAUACCACCACUGUAAGCAGCAAACGUGUUCCUGGUGGUACCGAAUAUACUUAUACUACUCAAUUGGAAUCUGGUAAGAAAAUAACUACUUCGAAAACUGUCUACGAAGAAGAAGAAACUGAACUAACAGAGGAGGAAAUUAAACAAUAUAAGAAAGCAUUAAAAGAUGCUGAAAAGCAUAAAAAUGUUACAACCACCAAGAAAUUGAAAUCUGAUUCCGGUACAAAGAAAGUAGUGCCUUCGGAAAAUCCCGGUGAUGUCACUACUGUAGAAACUAUUAGGAUCGAUGGUGGUACUGAGUAUCAUUACACUACUGUCACAGCUGAGGGUAUUGUUAAGAAGGCAGUGAAAACAGUUUAUGAUCCGGUUGCCUGUAAUGACCCUAAUGAUACCGAAGAAGAGGAAAUCGUUGAGGAAUAUGAAGAAGAGAUUAUUGAACCAGGCGAGAAAAGUAUUCAAACUAUUGAAACCAUCAAGAAAUUGCCACAAAAGUUUGAAGAGGAAGUAACCAUUACUCACGAGAAAAAGGAAAAGAAAAUAAAAAAAUCCAUGAUGGUUAGCCAAUAAAUCAAUUAAGCAACGACUCAUCAUAAAUGUGUAUGCAGCAGCAUGGUUCCUCGAUAUCUCUUUUUUUUUUUUUGAUUCUUUGCUUU